AUGCUCCACACCCAAGACCUCGCCCCGUCAGCCUGUCGCCCUCCCCUCCCGCAGCCUCCCCAAGGCUUCUUCCGCCCCCGCGUCCUCACUGCCGACCUCGCCUACAAGAUCUACCGCGAAAAGCCUCCCCCCCCCUUCGACAAGCUCUCCCUCUCCCGGCGAAGCGCCGAGGUCGCCCUCCAGUACGGCACGAGCCCCAAGACCGUGCGAGACGUCUGGAGCCGGCGGACGUGGACGCGAGCGACGACGGCGCUGUGGACGGCAGAGGAGCUGGCGCAGAGGCCGGCGAGACGCCGGGCAGGGCCGGGGAGGCCCGUGGGCUCCAAGGACGGGCGCCCGAGAGUCCGGAGGUACUUCCGCAAGGGCGACGCUGCGACGAGCGCGAGGAUGGAGGAAGAGAGCAGGAGAGCGGAGGGAGCGGAGGGAGGAGGGCUGAGCGAGGAGACGGGGUGUGCGAGGGGAGAGGUAUACAGCGCUUGGUGGAGGGAGGGGACGGAGGAAGGGAGGGCACUUGGAGAGAGAAGGGAAGGAUACGUGGGAGGAGUGAUGAACGCCUCAAGGGCGUUGAUUCUGGGGAAUGGGAUAAGAACAGAAGGUAUGGAAGGAAGAUGUUUUAGAGCAGGAGAGGAGAUGGAGCACGCUGAGCAUCGUGGGAUGGAGGUGUGGGAACUUGGUGGACUAUUCGCUGGACCAGAGGUCACUCAGACUGAUUUCAAACAGAAGGUUUGUUGCAUUCAUACAUGA